CUGGGACAUAAGAUAACGUUAUCCUAUGUCCCAGCUUUUACUGUAAUAAAUUAUUGUUUACAGAUCUUUGUUGAUAAUUUGAUUUUCGUAGAUAAGUCUAAAGACAAUUUACCAUAAAAUAGUUAUUAACUUUACAAUCUAUAUCCUAAGAGGUUUUUAGGACCGAUUUCAUCCUAGCCGAGUUGGCCGAGCUGACCCUGAUUCCUUUACUCUAGCCGUCGGAUUUAUAUAGUUCACAUGCUAAAACAAAGUUGUUUCCCUUUAUUUUCUUUCACCAUUUAUCGCGAAACAAAAACAAUGGACAGCUCUGUCUCACCAACUGAUUGUAAGAGUAAAUCACCUAAAAAUGUGAAACGGUUGUCACCAGAAAGGACUAGACGUCUAUUAAUGUCACCAGUAAAGAAGUUGAGUGCGUUAAGACUUGUGUCGCCGAUAGAUAGCGACCAAGAGUUAAUAGACCUUGAAGUGGCUUCUGUUUUGGCUGAAGGAGGAUCUGUUUCCCCAACCAAAGCAAAACGUCAUGAAACACCAGUCAGACCUGCAACUGUUAUGACUAAUGUCCAGAGAGGAAAUGUGCAAACAACUACACCAGUAUUUCAAAGUAUAACAGUCCACCAGAUGGCAGCACAAGGUGAAUUAAACAUGCUGAAACAGGAAGUAGAAAAUGGAACUGAUCUGAACAGAACAGAUGAAUUUGGUUUCACUCCUCUGUUAUGGGCAUGUGCAAAUGGGCAAUUGAUUACAACAAAAUACCUUCUGGAUCUGAAUGUUGACCUUGGCAUUGUGGGUAACCAUGGUGAAAAUGCUCUUCUUUUCUCCAGCUGCUUUGGUUACUCGGAUAUAGUAAAGUUAUUGUUGCAACUUGGUAUGAAUGUCAACUUUACAGAUGAGACAUGCAGUAGUAGUUUGAUGUAUGCAGCAUUCAAUAAUCAUACAAGCUGUGUUAAGCUGCUUCUAGAAUAUGGUGCCGAUAUCACAUUACUCAACGAUACUGGUUAUACAGCCAUGGACUUGGCUGUAGGGCAAGGUCAUAAAACAGUGCAGCAAACAAUUGAAGCUCACAUGUUGAAACUUUUUGAUUCCUUCACAUGAAGCCCAUGAUUGUUGCUGCCUUCUCUUUGUUCAGUGUCAUGGUCUACAAGGUGUGGCAUGAGAGUUUGUGCCCGAUUAUGAAAGUUGAUGGUU